AUGGAUAUUCGAUCGUUUUUAAGUAAAAAAAAAUCUGAUGAAGAUAAUGCAUCUGCUGUGCUUGAGCCACACACAUCGAAAAACACAAGUGUUUCUGCUCAAAAUGACAGUAUUGCACAAAAAAGGAAUUUUAAAAUAGAAUGGCUUAAACAAUAUCGAUGGUUAGUUUAUUCUAGACAUUUAAAAUGCGGCUUAUGCAAACAUUGUGUUGUUUUUCGUCCUGUCGUUAAAAGAGGAUUAUUAGGAGCGUUCAUUGUUAGUGAAUUUACCAAGUAUAAAGAUUUUCUUUUUCACGCAAAAAAACAUAUGCAAUCUGAAUGGCAUAGGGAUUCGGUUUCUCAAUCAACAGAUUUUUUAAAAAUUAUGUCCGACAAAGAAAAAAGUGUUAUAGAUCAAUUAAAUAUUGCUCAACUCUCACAAAUUGAACAAAAAUAG